AAGCUGUCGCCGAGCUACGCAUAAGUUUUAUCGCUAUAACGAAAAGAAAAGCUUUCGAAGUAAUAACAAUUUUUGAACAUUACUAAUUCGUGAUUGAAUCUAUUCGAGUGCAACGGAAAUAUAUUGCGUAUAGUGAUUUUGUGAGAAUUUUUUUUAUCCAGCUAGUGUUAAGAAUACAAAUUUCCUUUACCUAAUAUAAUCAUGCAAAAUGGAUCCUCAACAAAACACCCACCAUCGGACCAAUCCAAACAAGAAAAAUCCGAAGAGCAAAAUAACGUAGAUAUUAUAGAAAAAUCAAUCGGAGUACUCGGUAAAUGGCACAUAUGGAUAUGCCUGGCCAUAUUCUUAGUGAAAUUUCCGGUCGCCUGGCAUCAAUUGAGCAUUGUAUUUGUGGCACCGAGGACGGACUUUUUCUGUGCAGAAACAAAUUUAGAUAAAUGUGCUAAGAAUUGUAGCACGCAUAUUUUUAACAGGACAGUAUUUAGUGAGACGAUCCUCUCAGAAUGGGAUUUGGUCUGUGAUAGAGGAUAUCUGGCUGAUUUUGCUCAAACUAUCACUAUGCUGGGCAUAUUAUUCGGAAAUAUGAUUUUUGGAUAUUUAUCAGAUAAAUUUGGUCGCAAAAUGCCGUUGGUCGGUGCAGUGGUCCUGCAAGCUGUUUCAGGAACAAUCGCAGCGUUUUCGCCAUGGUUCGUCUUGUUUCAAGCUAUGAGAUUUUUGGCCGCUUUAGCCACUGGCGGAACAAUGGUAACCAGUUUCGUCUUGAUUAUGGAACUCAUUGGUACUGAAUGGCGAACAGUCCUAGGAAUACUUUAUCAGAUCCCCUUCAACAUCGGUCAUCUCCUAUUGCCACUGAUCUCUUAUUUCCUACGAGAUUGGCGUUAUUUCCAGGCAGCAAUCUCUCUACCUUCCCUGAUUUUGGUUUUCUACUAUUGGGCUUUGCCAGAAAGUCCGCGCUGGUUACUAGCUGGAGGAAAGAAGGAAAAAGCAAUAAGUGUUUUAGAAAAAGCAGCCGGAUGCAAUAAUUUGCCAACGAAAAGUAUUAGAACUGAUGUCACUGAAUAUUUGGCCCAAAAAGCAUCAGACAAUUUGCAAGUGGAAAAUAGAAAAGGAGGCAACGUUAUAGACCUUGUUCGUACUCCCAUUAUGAGAAUUUACACGAUAGCGAUAUGCUUUAACUGGUUAGUGUGCGGUCUUUGCUUUUUUGGGGUUUCUCAAUUUAUUGGACAUCUCGGUGGAAAUAUAUUUUUGAAUGUUAGUUUGUCAGCUAUCAUUCAAAUACCCAGUACCCUGUUUGCUUGUUGGUGUACUAAAGCCUGGGGUAGAAGAAAAACACUAAUAAUUGCUAAUGUUUUAUCUGGAGUUGCUUUGAUUUUGAUUGGUUUUGUUCCAUCCGAACCUGGAUGGAUUAAGCCUACUCUCAGUACAGUAGCUAUGUUUGGUCUUGCACUGUCUUUCCCUACUGUAUACAUUUACUCGGGAGAACUAUUCCCAACGAUGGUCAGAAAUAUUGGAGUCGGAACGUCCUCAAUGUGCGCCAGAAUAGGCUCAAUGGUAGCGCCAUUCGUCGCUUCACUGGUAACGAUUGAACCAUGGAUUCCGCCAAUUAUUUUCGGCGUAGUGCCGCUAAUCGGAGCGCUACUCUGUUUGAAACUGCCAGAAACUUUGGAUUGUAAACUACCCGAUACCAUCGAGGAAGCUGAGAUGUUUGAGAUUCGUGAUAGAGAGAAGAACAGAAAGACUGAAGUUGUUGUCAAUGAAACGGAAAUGAUAUGAUUGUUCUUCUAAGAAUUUUAGUUGAAAUUUUUUGUUUAUGUCCUAUUUUAUUUAACUAUGAAUCAUUGAUUAAAUUUUUUGAUGUUAAAAAAA